UUGCUAUAACACAUCCUCUCUUUUUGCCUAAUCAAACAGUAUCAGGAUGGCGCUUCAUCGCUUGUUCCAGCUGUCCGCGCUGCUACGCUCUGCCGUGUCAUUGACACUUCGCAGGAACGUGGGUCUGUCCGCUGUCCUAUUUAACCGGGCAUCGGACAUGGACCCCGUCCAGAAACUCUUCCUGGACAAGAUCCGUGACUACAACACCAAGAGCAAGGCCACUGGUGGGAUUGUUGAUGCAGGCACCACCUACCAGAAGAACUUGUCUGAUGAGAAGACCAAGCUCCAGAGGUUAUAUGGUGCCGGUGACCUCACCAAAUUCCCAGACUUCCAGUUCCAAGACCCCAAGUUUGAUGAAGUGGUCAAGUAAAUGGUCAUGGCGUCUGUCCUAAAUGUCACCACUAUAAUGUACUAUUUAAUAAAUGAAAUGGAUGUAUUAAUGAUGCUAUGUAUUUUCCAUCAUUUUUGUAGGGAUACCCAGACUGUUCCAAUGCAUAAUUAUACACACUUGACAAUUUGCUGUUUGAUAAGAAAAACGACUCUUUAAUUGAGUGCAUAUCAUAAGGAACAAACUUAACUCAUCCAUACUUUAUCUAGAAAACAUACACUCAGGUAUACAGACACACACUUCGGAGAACACAGUAGCAUAAUAAUACUUAAAAUGCAAGUAAGGCAAAUUUUGACAAAGAAAUAGAAAAAUAAGGUAAACCCAAAGCGAAAGGCACAGGUUAUCAGAGACCAUGCAGGCACAUACAGGUCACAAGGGAUCUUAAUAAGCUUAAAUGGCGGCUUCAAAACAUUUACAGUAUGUCCCAGUUAAGAACCUGAUGCGUUUAAAGCAGAGGAAUACGAUUUUAAGGUGGUGGUGCUGUACACUGUGGUUCCCUCAUGUCCACAACUUUACAUG